GCCACCUGACCGGAAGUGGUCCUGCGGGGGCGAAAGGGGAGCUUCGCCCAGCGCCCUGCGAGCGGCGGCCGCGGCCGAAGGAAAACGGGAAGGUAGCCCGCGUACCCGGCCUGGUAAUUGUGACCAUGUCUACGAGGAUAAUAUGCCGAAGAUUUUCAGGGCGGUCUUGUAGGACAACUACAUUUCCCAAGGCGGAGAUCCCGAAGAGCUUCCCCCGAGAAGAAGCGAGCCAAAGCAUCCAAAGAAGAGGCCGAAAUCCGAUAGUUGCUGUGGUGCUCAAAGCAUGGAAGCCACCAGGUUACCAAUUAAGUCCUUACCCUUCCAUUUCCCGGGAAUCUAAGGGUCUCCUUCACAAUGUUGCCCUCCUAGCUUUCAGAGAAGGACGUCUUGAAUCUGUUUGCUCCAGAACUAGUAUUAGAUGCAUCCAGAAUACACCCAGGAUUCUCUGUCUCCCAAGGCUUUCAAGAAUAAAGAGCAGUUUUCUAGAUUGGAGAAACGGCAAAGCUUUCUGCACUCAAGCUUCCCCAAGGGACUCCUGGCUGUUGUCCUCCAUCAGGAAUGGCACGGAUGAGGUCCAUUUAAAGGCAAAAGGCAGCAAGGAAGUGGCUAGGCAAUUCCAGAAGCAGAGACCCGAGUACAAAUCGCUGUGUUACAGCCCAGAUCAACGCCUUCUGCCCCUUCCAGCCGAAGAGUAUCAUUUCAUCCUACAGAACGUCUCCGUGUUGAAAGAGUACAUGAAACCCAAGGACAUCGUGAACUCUUUCUUCCGGCUGAGCCAUUUGCCGGCAGAAAAACGCCAGGCCUUCAAGUCCAGCGCCAGCUUUGCGGUGCUUUGUCAGGGCGUGGUUCGGAGCGUCCAGCGGUUUGGGAACGCCGAGCUGAUCGUGCUUUUGAAAGCCUUUGUGGCCCUAGGCGUUCCGCCCGUCCAUUAUAUGCUGAAGGUCAUGGAAGCCGAAUGCAGCCGGCGAAUCGAGCUGCUGAGCUUGGACCAGCAACUGCUAGUGGCCGAUCUGUGGCGUUGCUUGAACUGUAAAGUCCCCCAGUAUCUGGACGCGAUGUUGAACGACGUCAACGCGAAGUGGCAGGCUCCGUCUUUGACCCAGUUGGUCCAGCUGGUCUACAUCAUCGGCGAAGGGCGUCGGGCCCCUGAAGAGUUAAUCAAGAAGUUGGAGGCCUCGGUGUCGAAACAUUUGCAGGCUCUCAGUCUGGAGGAAGUGGGAGUCGUCUGCUUGGGUUUCUUCAAGGCGCAAAGUAACAUGUCCGAGCCUCUCUUGAGAAAAAUCGGAGACAAAAUUUGUGGCUCCCUGAGAGACAUGAGCAAUUUUGCCAUCGUGAACGUGCUGAAAAUGCUCCGGGGGAUUCAUUUGGAUCACAUGGACUUUCUAAAGGAGCUGCGGCAUGUCAUUCCUCCCAGAAUCUCCACCAUCAGCAUGCCGGGGGUCAUGCACAUCGCGUUUGCCUGCUCCUCGUUGCGCUAUUUCGACGAAGACAUCCUGAACGCCAUUGCGACGGUGGUGCCUCCCAAGGCGGCUUCUUGCCGAACCAAGGACAUCGCGAAAUUGUUGUGGUCUUUUGGAACCUUAAACUACCAGCCUCCCAAUGGGGAAGAAUUUUACGACAGCCUGUUGGAGCAGCUGGAGUCGCGGUUGUUCGAGUACAACCAAUUCCCCGAGCAUUUGAUCACCUCCUUAAUCGGUUUGGCCUUUGUGGAGCGUUUCCCCUACGAAUUGCUGGACUAUGUGUUGAGUCCCGAGUUUAUCCAGCUAAGCAGCGUUUGUAAACAUGAUCUCUGGAAAGAUUUUUUCACCCUGGACGGGACGGUGGGGAUCGAGUGUCCGGCCUAUGCCGGCAGUCGUCUGAGCGUCCAAAACAAACAGGAGAUGGCGGGAAAAAUGCAGGACUAUUUCUUGAAGCCGGAAUUUGAGGCGGCGUGGUCUCUCCUGGAGGACGUAUUGGGGGGCCCCCAGUUUGUCAAGUUCCACGCCAUCUUGCCCCACGCCAGGUCCGUGGAUUUAGAAGUCCGUUUAGACGCCAGCCGAAAGCCGUUGCCGUUUAAUUUAGAAGGGGCCACCACGGAGCGCUUAGAACUGAAGAAAAAGGGCACGUUGCUGACCGAUAACCUGAUUAACCAGCUUUUGAAAGGGAAAUCGCUCGGCCAGCCUGACGCAAGCGAGAAAAACCAAGGUAUGCAGCAAAAGGCAGCAUUUCGUGGACUGCCUGUUUGGAAAAAAGUGGAGUUUUCCGAUGCCGGACCUGGUUUGGACCCUUCAGCCGAUGCAAAAACUGAAGGACGACCCUCUACGAUAAACCAGAAGCAGCCAGAGUGUGUGAAAUUAGCUCUUCAAAUCACCAACCGAAACCAAUACAGGUACCACUCAAAAGAGCUGCUGGGACUCCACGCCAUGAAAAGGAGACAACUCCGCCGAAUGGGAUAUAUACCAGUGGAACUGCCCUUUUGGGAGUGGUUUCCGUUACUCAAAUGUAACCGGGAGGAACAGAGGAAAUAUUUGUGCCAAAAAGUAUACGAAGCGUAGCCAAAACAUCCCAUAGAACCGGACUAAAAAUCCUCGGGGGGAAUGACUUGAGGGUUUGGGUUUUUUUAGCUUUUAAGGUGACCGCCGUCGUAGCUGGAAACCGUCAUAGUCAGUAUUUUCAUGCUAGCCUUCAGCCCACUUCUCUGAGGGCGGAGGGAUUUCGCGCCCAUCCUUACGUAAAUAAAACGCUGCUACUCAUACAACUUUAUUUUAGUCGUGCUCCACCACUUCGCCCGCGAAGGAUCAGCCAUCAUCACUUGAAAAACCGGUGGGGGGAAAAGCAAAGCUUUGAGAAUUAAUUCGUUAUGUAUAUAUACAAUCCAGCAAUUGAUUUGCCCAUCGUUUGAGGGAGCACAUCUCGCUCAUAGGUCGACAGGCUGUGAAAUGGGAAUUUAAAAUUUGCCUGAAUUUGGGGAGAUGUCAGAAGAAAUGUAAAAUGUUUUCGGGGUGCGCGUAUAUACACGAGUGAGAAAGAGAGCUGCAAAAUGUGGGCGUAUUAAUCGGAGUGGGCGGCAGCACCCGUCCCACGCGGAUUGAUCUUGGAAGCUACAGUGGUGGCCAAAAUUGUGGAAACCUUUUGGGAAAAGCAUACUUCUCAUUUCUUUACAACGGUAGCCUUGUUCACUUGAUAAUACUAUUUUCCAUCACUUUCUGGGCGACCGGUCAACUCUUUGCACCAUCACUUUAAUUUUAUUACGUUUUACAAGCUCACUAAAUGAAAGAACACAAAAAAACCCAGCCAACUUGAUAGCCAUCACGUAACACACCGACAAAUGUCCUUCUCUCAGCUUCAAUACAGGACAUCAAUAACCGAAUCCGACUGUGAUCUGAUUUGCUCAUGGCCAACACAAGGUGACACCUGAUUGGCUCUCUAAACACUCAUGCUCAUUGGCUACAAUCAGGUGAAGGAAAGCCACCUGAUAUCAACCUAAGCAAGUCGUGCUUCCUUUUUCCGGUUAUUUGUCUAUAACUUUUCAUAGAAUACAGUACAGAUAAUUGAACAAACUUAGUUGCAUUACAUUCUUGAUUAAAUUAUCUUUCCAUUGAUAUAUAAUUUUAUGGUACUCCUCCUCCAAAAAAAAGUGUUAUUAGCCAUCAAAAUCUCACAAAUACACUUUUCCCAAAAGGUUUCCACAAUUUUGGCCACUACUGUAAGUAGGAUCAAACCUUGUUAUUAUUUGAAUGGGAGGCCACUAAGAAAUCCUUGGAAUGUAGGUUAGAUUGGGAAGUCAGGACAUAUCCCAGAAAAGUCACUUCUGCAUUGCACACCAAAUCAACGAAGAAACAAACCGACAUGGAGAGGCUUCGAAGUUACCAUAAAGUGAAUUUAAGCCCUUGGGUAUAUAUUUGCACGUGGAUAGGUAGUCCUCGACUUAACGCCCAAAAUUGUUGCUAAGCAAGACAUUUUGUGAAUUUUGCCCCAUUUUACGACUUUUCUUGCCACCGUCAUUAAGGUAGUAACACGGUGGUUAAGUGAAUCUGGCUUCCCCCACUGACUUUGCUUGUCACAAGGUCGCAAAAGGAGAUCACGUGAUUCCAGGACACUGCGACCGUCGUAAAUGUGAGUCCCCUGCCAAGCCUUUGAACUUUGAUCCCAUGAUGCUACGGCAGCCCUAAGUGUGAAAAACGGUCAGAAGUCGCUUUUUUUCCCCCCAGUGCCUUCUGUAAUUUAGAACGGUCGCUAAACAAAACAGUCAGAAGUCGAGGACUACCUAGAUAUUACUCCAGUAGGCAAGAUCAACCCGGUGUAAGAAAACGCAGCUUGGCUAAUGGGAAAGAGUUGGGCAAUAUUGUCGCAUCCCACAUUUUUAAUGCUUUAAUUCUUUGCUCAAAAGGGGAAAGCUGGAUGCCCCAGUUAAGUGACUGGAAAACAUUACCGCAAUUAAAAUAUACUUUUAUGGC